GUUUCUUCCUCCAGGCAGAUUUCGCGUCACCGCGUUUGCAGAAAGUAUCUGGAGGAUCUCAUAAGGCUAUCUUUUCUCAUUCUUCGAGAAUUUUCAAUUCAUUCAUUUGUUUGACAAUCUUUCAAUCAAUCUUUGUGUCUCUGCAACAACAGAUUCACUAUGUCUCACUCUCCCGACCUCAGCAGCACUAUUACCAUGCACCCUCACCCAUUCCAUCUGCACCCCAAUCGGUCGGAGCAUCUGAGAGCUGGAAAUCUCACACCGAUACAAUCCAAUGCGUCCGCAAAGCUCGGUGCCAGCACCGCAUUCGAAGCCAUUGCCGCGAGCUCCGAAGACCACGACCCAGUACCACGACACCCUACAAGUGCAAUGGCAGAUCUUGAGGAACAGAGGCCGCCAAGAUACACACGCGAGAAUGAUCCAUACCAGCUCUCGUCGGCUUACAAAAACAAGAGUGAGCUUGAGCUUAUCACAGCCAACACCUCUCGAAGACGAGACGGCUGCGGCCCGGUCAAGUUCAGCACGGACGCGUACAAGGCUAGGAGGCUUCAGAAGUUCUACGAGACUCAAAAUGAGAACAUAGAGCGGUUGCUCAAGCCUGUUGAGGACCAUCGUGCAGAGGCAAGGCAAGAAGCGGGAGAUGACCAUCUCAAAUUCCAGAUCGCCGUGUACGCUUCAUUCGCCGCCAAUCUUGUACUCGCCGCGCUCCAAGUUUAUGGUGCCGUUUCUUCAGGCUCUCUCUCUCUGUUCACCACGAUGGCGGACGCGAUUUUCGACCCAAUGUCAAAUGUUACCCUUAUAGUUACUAACCGGGCUGUGAAGCGCGUCGACCCGAACCGUUUCCCAUCGGGCAAAGCACGCCUGGAAACUGUCGGUAAUAUCGUCUUCUGCUUCCUGAUGACAGCCGUAUCGUUCAUCCUUAUCGCCUUCUCGAUCAGAGAACUUGUCGAAGGGAGCGGCAAUGGAACAAAAGACUUCCAUCUACCAUCGGUCAUUGCUGUAGCUGUGGCUUUUGCAACCAAGUUCUGCCUGUUCAUCUAUUGCUGGGCGCUAAAGGACAAGUACUCCCAGAUCAAUAUUCUCUGGCAAGAUCACAGAAAUGACUUGUUGAUCAACGGCUUUGGUAUUCUUACCUCUGUUGGUGGUUCCAAACUCCAAUGGUGGAUUGAUCCUAUGGGCGCCAUCAUUAUCUCUUGUCUGAUAUCCAUCAUCUGGCUCCGCACCGCAUUCGGCGAAUUUCUCCUCCUCGUCGGCGUUACUGCCUCUGUCGAGACACAACAGCUUAUCACUUAUGUCUGCCUCACUCACUCUCCGGAUAUCGAGGGAAUCGACACAGUCAGGGUUUACCAUUCCGGACCGAGGUUGAUUGCUGAGGUUGAUGUGGUGAUGAAUGCUCUCUCCUCGCUGAGGGAUACGCAUGAUGUAGCGGAGGAAUUACAGAGCAAGUUGGAAAGCUUGCCGGAUAUCGAGAGAGCAUACGUGCAUGUUGACUACGAGACGACCCAUAAGCCAGAGCAUGCUUACAAGAAGGAUCUCUGAGUUAUUCGAGACCGUAUGAAGUGGGCGAUAUAAUUUUCUUGACUGUAGGCCUGCCUACCUUGGUAUUUUUCAUAUUAGGCGUUGGCGUUUUAGGUAUUUGAAUACAAGUUUGGGAAUUUAAUGGAUAUGCCACAGUACCUUCCAAGGUAUAUAUAUAUAUAUAUCUCUCUUAGUGCCAG